AUGAGCCAGCCCUCUUCCCAGCAGGCCGCCCUCGCCGCCUCCGCCUACCGCCAGUUCGCCGACUCGGGCGCCCGCCUCGCCAAUGACAACCCUCCGCAGAUCUACUCGGCUGUCUACUCCGGUGUCGACGUCUAUGAGAUGGAAGUGAACGGCAUUGCCGUCAUGCGUCGCCGCAAUGAUAGCUGGCUCAACGCCACCCAGAUCCUCAAGGUCGCUGGCGUCGACAAGGGCAAGCGCACCAAGAUCCUCGAGAAGGAGAUCCAGACCGGCGAGCACGAGAAGGUCCAGGGUGGCUACGGAAAGUAUCAGGGCACCUGGAUCAAGUUCGAGCGCGGAGUCGAGGUCUGUCGGCAGUAUGGCGUCGAGGAGAUCCUCCGCCCUCUUCUCACAUACGACAUGGGCCAGGACGGCGGCAUUGCCGGCCGUGGCGACAUCAACACGCCCACAAAGGAGCAGGCCAUGGCCGCGCAGAGGAAGCGCAUGUAUAACGCGUCUGCCGAGAACCGGACGAAUGGCAUGGCCGGCACCUUCUUCAAGAACAUCUCGGCCACCGCCUCCCACGCCGUCGCCGCCAUCAGCAAGGCCCGCUUCGACUCGCCAGCUCCAAGGAACCGUAACGGCCCAACUCGCGCGCCCAGCUUCAAUCGGCAGCCCUCGAUGCAGAGCAUGGACGACUUCCCAGGCAACUCCCAGCAGAGUUUCGCCUCAGAUUUCAGCCAGAAUGUGGACUCGGCAUACUCGACCCAGAAUAACACACAACAUCUCAACGGCGACGGGCCAGAGCCCCCGAGGAAGCGCCAAAGGGUCACCAUGACGCCCGCCGACAGCUUUGGCUACGCGCCGUCCAUGCAGAUGUAUGCUGACGCCUUCCCGGGCUCCCCAACGGAGCCCAACGAGUCCUUCAUCUACUCACAAGCCGGCGUCAACUCCCACGACCCCAACAGCGAUGGCCUCUUCUCACUAGCCCCUCUGCCGUUUGAGGUGUCGCCUGAUGCCGACAACAAGCGAGGUUUGCUCAUGAGUCUCUUCAUGGAUGCCAAUGCCAACGACCCGGCGAAGCAUGAGAUGUUGCGCACCAUGACGCCUGGAGAGCUCGAUAUGCCCAUCGACACGCAGAGCCACACUGCCCUGCACUGGGCCGCAACCCUGUCCCGCAUGCCCCUGCUUCGCGCUCUCAUCGCCGCCGGAGCCAACCCCUACCGCGUUAAUGCCUCGGGCGAGACCGCUCUGAUGCGCGCCUGCGUUGUCACAAAUUCGCAUGAUCUGAACUCCUUCCCGGAGCUGCUCGACGUUCUUGGCGGUACACUCGAAGUCCGAGACAGCAAGGGCCGCACCGUCCUCCACCACAUCGCUGUCACAAGCGCCGUCAAGGGUCGCAACACCGCCAGCCGCUAUUAUCUCGAAUGCCUGUUGGAGUGGGUGGUCCGUCAAGGGAGCGCGCCUAGCAGCCAGGAGGCGGCCGUCAACGGAAACGGGGCGAAUGCCAAUAGUCCGGUAAAGUUGGGACUCGGCCGUUUUAUGAGCGAGGUGGUGAAUGCACAGGACAAGGCUGGCGACACCGCGUUAAACAUUGCCGCCAGGAUAGGCAACAGAAGUAUCAUCUCGCAGCUUCUGGAAGUUCGUGCAGACCCAACAAUUGCCAAUCGUGCUGGUCUUCGGCCACUGGAUUUUGGAAUCGGCGGCGAGGCGGCUGAAGACGGAGCUGCUGGGGAUACAGCAGGUGCAGACAAGGCGGGAGCGCUGGCAAACAGCCAGAGGAGUAGAGAGAGCAGCGACGAUAUUAUUACUUCUAUAUCGCACCUCCUGAGCGAGACUUCCUCCGGCUUCCAGAACGAGCUCAAGACAAAGCAAACGUCUGUCGACUCGUUACAUGCCUCAUUACGCACAACAUCGGCUCAGCUGGGCGAGGCUCAGCGGACGCUACAAGCCCUGCAAGAGAAGCUCAACAACCAGCAGAUUGACCGCCAGAAGGUGCUCAACCUGACGAGAGCCCGCGAUGACAAGCAGUAUAGUCUGUUGCAGCAUGAACAACGCCAUGGGCGGUUCGACAGCAGCAGUUCAGCCACAUGGGAGGCCGAGCUAGACGCUGCAGUCAACAAUGCCCUUUCCAUCUCGCCGCAGCCGAAUGGCACCAGCCAAGCUCUCUCCUCCGCAAACCUCCUCCGAGCGAGGAUCAAUGCGGUCCGCGCACAGCUGGACAAUACGAAGCAGGCUGUGUCAGGGCUCAAGAGUAGAAGCAGGGACGUUGAGUUCAAAUACAAACACUUGGUGGCACUCGCAGCCCGAUGUACCGACACCGACGUGGACAGCCUGUUGGAUGGUCUUGUACGAGCAGUGGAGAGCGAGAAGGGCGAGUUGGAGAUCGGCCGUGUGAGGAGAUUUUUGGGUGGUGUGGAUGGUGCAUGUUGA